AAGCAAGAAAAAGGAAGAGGAAAAGGAGGAAAAAGCAGAAGUAGCAGUUAGCUUUACAGCUAAGUCCGACAGUAAUGUUGUGUCCGCUGUGAACAAAGUCAGCUGCCAGGAUGGCCCCCUUUACGUGUGCAGGUUAAGAUGUUAAUAACGUUGUGCUACGUCUACCUGUGGGUGCGCUUUCACAAGUGCUACUCGGUGCUGAUCCGCAACAGUCUGCCCAGACUGAACAGCAGCAGCUUCAGCUUCCGGGUCUGCUCCAGCUCGGCCUCAUCACAAGCCUCAGCCCCGCCGUCUGAACGCCACACAACCGCGCGCCGGAGCCCGCCGCCAGCCGAGGACGUCGUCUUCCUCCAGCUGGGAGACAGGGCCGUCUACGUCACAGAGCCUCAGGUAUGUGAUGAUCUCAGCAAAUGGACUGUGCUGUUGGGGUCCUCUCUGGUUUGUGGUCCACAAAUAGAGAAUAUUUCAUUCAUCAUAGAAGCUACAGGACACAGAGUGGGCUACCAUUCUCCUCAUACUUCGAAUAAGAAAGUGCUGAAGUGGUCGGACUGCUGUCUUCCUCUGGCCUUUAGCCCUGGCGAGCCGUUCAGGGCGGUGGCUCAGGCCAGCAUAGAUAACUUCAGUCGGCUGGGUGUGGCUUUUAUCGAAGAUCGCCUUCAGCUGGACAAUGGACUUGUGCCUUCAAAAAUAGUCCCUGUCCUUCUCCAAGAAUCCACUCUCAGUGAGCUGUUGGAGAAGCAGUGUCCACAAAGCCUUAAGACUGAGACGUCCCUAUGGCUCUGUGACAACCAGACUGAAGAAGGUGUUGUUGAGCCUUUGCCUUGUCGCCUGUCAGCUGAACACCACCACCGACAGUGCUGUAAAGGCAGCCUUCUUCUUACCUUGGAGGCAAAGAGGAGGUUAGAGCAGCGUCGAGGAUCAGAACCUGUCCGCAGCACACAGGAUUUGGGACCUGUUGGUGACUCAGAGGACCAUUCCUUGGGGGAUCAUCACCAUAUGGAGGGUCAUGGACACCACCUCCAUCUAUCCAGCUGUCACGAAUGUUUGGAGCUGGAGAACAGCACCAUCCUCUCAGUCAAAUAUGCCUCAGCUGAGAACAUUCCAGACCUUCCUGAUGAUAAUUCAGUAGAUCUGGAUAGUGGGGAUGAGACUCUGAAUGAAGCUGAGCAAGGUUUUUAUGGUCAAAGCGGUGGAUUUCACUGUAAUAGCAAACCGCCAAAUGUUCUGGUAUAUACGGGUGGUUGUCAGGAGCGUUUUCAGGCAAUUCAUCAGCUUUUGUCAGAGUGUAUAAACAUGGAAAACAACAUAAUAUAUCCCCUCCAACCACAGCAGGCUCUGAGCGAUCCUUGGCUGGACAACUGCAGGCUACUGGUACUGGCAGAGGAGGAAACCCUGACCCCCCAGCUUCAGACCCGCUUUCUCACCUACCUUAGCCAGGGUGGCAGGGUCCUGGGGCUAGCCUCCACUCUGUGUCCUGCAGGCCUCUGUCUGGAAGUCAGGGAGAGGCGAUGCAGGCAGGUCAGCAGGCUGAGUUUCACCAGGGAGGACAGCACAGAGCUGGAACUGAGCUUGGUGGCGAGCGGGAAGGUCUACAUCAGGGAUACUCAGGGAGGAGGGGAAGUGGAGCUCUGGGGGGAGCUGAAAGGCAACAUCCCUGGUCAGAGGGAUAUGGUUAUAGUCAGGGUAACCCACGGAGAGGACGGAGGGGAAGCUGUCCUCUGUCAGGCACACCUGGAAUUUGCUCCUGACUCCCAGAAUUUGACAUCAGAAGGUUUUGAUGAACUAAAGGUCAGCAAUGCACUACGUUAUGAAGUCUUGACAGAAAUCCUAACCUCUCUUGGCCUCAGCUGUGAGCUGAACCAGACUCCAACCCCAAGCCCAGUCCACCUGCUGGCAACUUCUCAGGAGGCCAAGGCCAGUUUCCUGAAGUGGCUGCAGACACGUGCAGAUCAAAAUGGCCUCCUGACAUUGUCUAAGACAUCCCUCAGGAUAGUGUCCUGUUCUGAGCUCCAGGAUGGUCCUUUACUGCCUCAGGGCUCUCAGGCCCUGGUCACCAACUCUUCAGAGUCCCAGAGUUGGGCACAGUUCAGUAUGGAGACCUACAGCAAGAACCUGAAGACCAGCCUAUUGGGGCGCACCCUGCUGUACGCUGAGGUUGUCACAUCUACCAUGGACCUGUUAGAAGGGCUGACUCUGCACUUACCAAAGGACGUGAGUUUGAUAGCGGUAGCUGCCCAACAAAACCAGGGCAGAGGUCGUGGCAGGAAUGCCUGGCUAAGCCCUCAGGGUUGUGCCAUGUUCACUCUGGGGGUCCAGGUUGAGCUGAGCUCCAGGCUCGGACAGAGGAUUCCCUUUCUGCAGCAUCUGGUUGCUCUGGCGGUGGUGGAGGCUGUUCGCACCCUUCCUGGAUACCAGGACAUAGACCUGAGGGUGAAGUGGCCCAAUGACAUCUACUACAGUAACCUGAUGAAGCUUGGGGGAGUACUGGUGACUUCCACUGUAAUAGGAUCAACCUUUCAUCUGCUCAUAGGCUGCGGGUUCAAUGUGACAAACAGUAACCCAACAGUGUGCAUCAAUGACCUGAUCCAGCAGUACAACAUACAGCAUAACUGCAGUCUGCAGCCGCUGAGCUGCGCUCAGCUCAUUGCUCGGACUGUCAGCUGCUUGGAGGCUCUCAUCAGCAGCUUCCAACAAGGAGGUCCAGAUGCCGUCCUACCCAUCUACUACAAGAGAUGGCUUCACAGUGGGACUCAGGUGCAUCUCUGGAGCGAGGACGGGCUGGAGGCUGAGGUGGUGGGUCUGGACUGCAAUGGCUUCCUUCAAGUGCACAGCAAGGAGCAGGGCGUGGUCUCAGUGGAGCCUGAUGGAAACUCUUUCGACAUGCUGAGGAACCUAGUGGUCAUCAAGCAGCGUUAGGACCAAACUCUCUUUCAGCUUAUUCAUGUUAUUUAGUCGGAAAAAUGUAACUAUAAAAACUACAAUAAUGUACUAGGUUUUCUAAUUGAUCAAUACAUUGUUAAAUAUGUUACUGGUUUAAAGUGGGAGUAUUGGGUAGCUUCUCCUUAUGUUAACAUGACCUACAUUUAAAUUAGUUAGGGUUGUUGGAAAACCUGCAGAUUUGGGACCACCCAUUCAAACCAUUAUCUAAUAACUUGUACUACUUUCAUGAUUAUCAUUGCAGCCUUUUCUGUGCAAAAUAAACAUUUCCCCAGAAA